AUGGCCUGGGAGGUGGUCGGCGGUGGGGACAAGGGUGGCAUCCUGGUCCGAAGCGGCCAGGCCACCAGCAGCGACCAGCUUUCGGAGCGGCUCAGCACCGGGGCUCGGGUGGAGGAGCUGGAGCUGGUGGGCGAAAGGCUGCACUACAAGCUCGUCUCGGGUACCGGCCCGGCAGAGGGCUGGGUUAGCCUCUCCCUGAAGGACAAGCCCUUGCUGCAGCGCGUUGGUGAGAAGCCGAAGGGCGACGUCGAUGUUGGCGACCUCCGAGAGGGCGACUACUAUGUGACCCUAGGAAUCCUCUUCAAGAAGCUGGGGACGGAUCCUGAAAAGGCCUCGCUCACCAAGCUGAAGCGCAGCGUGGGAUCCGUGGUGCACACCACCGGAAAGGUCUGGAGAGGUUCGGGUGGUGGCUACUGGGUAGAGCUGGAUACAAGCUCGGGCGAUUCGGGUGCUGGCGAGAAGCCCGGCUACGUGAUGAUUGACGCAAGCGGCUUCGGAACACCCGGCCCGUGUCUGCAGAAGGCCUCGAAAGAAGAUGGGCCGAUUCUCCUUCUAAAGGCCAAGCCCAAGCCGGGAUCGGAAGUGAAAGCCUGGGACGAUGGGAGCCUGGACAAGGAGUUUCUCGUGCUGUCGAAGACUACCAUCACAGAGGUGAGGGUCAUCCUGGGCAUGUUGUUCAAGAUUGCCAAGUCCGAGAGUAUCACGGUGCUGUCAAAGGAUGGCGGCCAACUUGCCCCGGAAACGAAAGUCGGCGAGGCCGGCUUCCGAAGUGGCGACGAUUGUGCCUUCGAGCACUCGGAAGGCAAACCGAUGAGGCUCGUGGUCAUGAGCCCCCUGGAGGAGGGCGUGAAGCUCACAGACCUCGACAUCAAGAACGACUGGACUGUAGGACAGGUCCGGAAACUCCUGUGCAGCAUCACCGGCUUGAAGGAGUCCAGCAUGAUUAUGGCUCGGGGGAAGAUGGGUGAGCGUGUCGGCGAGGACGCCCAGCUAAACUUGUCGCACCUGGUAGCGGACUGUGGCUACAAGGAGGGGGAUGAGAUCGGAUUUAUUUACAUGGGCGAUACGGAAGGUGACCUCAAGGCCUUUCUCGCAAAGCAGUAG